UGGCCAUGUAUAUAAACCACACAACCCCUGCCUCAAAUUCUGAUCUUGAUUUUGUUAGUUUUCUUUGUCCAUUUUGUGACAGUUUUAUUUGCUCAAGGAGUAAGAAAAAUGGCUUUCAGGGCAGCGCGCCAGCACUGGAGAUCACUGGUGGCCAAUGGAAACAGGCCGUUUGCAAGUUCCACCACUCCAAAGAUGAAGCUUUUCUCACCAACUGCGGAUUCCAUCCCCUCUGACCAUCACCACAAGGCCAGUGCUGCUAUCAAGGGGGACUUUGCGCCGGUUGUGGUGGUGCUGGGAACGAUACUGGUGGCGGUGUCGAUUGGGGUUCACACUGCCAAGCAGCAGCUGGUGCAUUCCCCUUCAGUUCGGGUGAACAAGAAGAGGAGGGAGUCUGUGCCGGAGGUGGACGAUCCUGACCACGUUGUUGGCGGCAGUGAGAAAUUCAUAGACAAGUCUUUCCUCAGGAAGGUGGCUCAUAUCCAGGACCACCACAUCAUUUCUGAUCCUGCUCGACACAACCCCUACACCCGCUCCCGUGAAAUUGAGUCGCUGAAAUCCGUGGGAGCACAACGGAGGGGCCACUGAGGCCGGCAUAGCCCCUAGUUCGAGAAGCUACGGGACUCUCUCUGCUGGACGUUCUUCGUUUUGAAACAACGGGUGCCUCUUUGUACAUAACGUUCUUCGUUUUGAAAGCUGUAGUGUAGUUUUGUUGUAUCCUCUCUCCUGGCUCACUCAUUUCGACUGUUGUUGAGGUAUUUUGAGUGAAAGAGGGAGAAGUGAGAUUUUCUAUGAUCACUUUUGUAUCUUGUUUGCUGCUUAUAAUAAAACCAAGGCACCAUCCCCUUUUACUA